CCGUGGAAAACGCCGUGUCUCUUUAAGGAGACGCAACCGAACAGGGAAGUGAAGCAGGGCCCCACUUCCCGGAGCCGUCGCCGUCGAACAGCUUCUCGUGCGCGAUGGGAGAGUCCGCAUCCCCGAAAAGGCAUCGUGUGAUUUAACACCGCGCGUCGAACCAUGCUCCAGCUCAACGACGCCGUGGACCCGGGGAGUCCGGGCGCCGCGGUUCUGCACCCCGCGGAGGCCGAGGAGGGGGUCGAGGUGGCGUUCACGCCGCCGGAGGCCGCACGCAGCCUCGGACACGGCGCCGCGGUGGCCUGUUGCCCCCCGCUGCAGACGCUGACGCCGUUCCACGUGCACAACCCCACGAUGCAGGCGAAGGUGAAGGACUACUUCGUGUUCAGACCAGGUACCAUCGAGCAGGCUGUGAGCGACAUCCGGACCGUGGCGCUGCCUUCUGAGGAUGGAGAGGUGCUCAGCGUGUGGCUCCUGGCCGAAAUCGACCACUGGAAUAACGAGAAGGAGAGACUCGUGCUCAUAACCGAUAGGUCUCUGCUGGUGUGCAAGUACGACUUCAUCAACCUGCUGUGCCAGCAGGUCAUCAGGAUCUCGCUCAACGCCGUGGACACCAUCUCAGUGGGCGACUUCGAGUUUCCACCCAAAUCCUUAAACAAGAGGGAGGGCUAUGGGAUUCGCGUCCAGUGGGACAAGCGUCCUCGGGCCUCGUUCAUCAACCGCUGGAACCCCUGGUCCACAGACAUGCCGUACGCCACCUUCACAGAACACCCCAUGGCCCACGCUGACGAGAAGGUGGCCUCUCUGUGCCAGCUGGACAACUUCAGGACCCAGCUGGUGCAGGCGGUGAAGCGAGCCCAUAAGGAGCAUCCCAUCCCCGGCCGGGCCAACGGCGUCCUGAUCCUGGAGAGACCCCUGCUCAUCGAGACGUACGUGGGCAUCGUGUCUUUCAUCAACAACGAGGCCAAGUUGGGCUACUCCAUGACCCGCGGCAAGAUCGGCUUCUAAAACCCACAGCCCCCCCCCCGAACUGCAACUGACUUCAACCCAUCCGUCUGUGUUACACCGUGCUGUGAUGACGUGAGUGCUCCACUACCAUGUAAUGCGUGUGCACAUGGAGGCCGUCAGAGGUGCACAUCAGGCUUAGUCAGAGUCUCAGGGCGGAGGUGGAGGUCAGGCUGUUUUAGGUGGACGAUGUGCGUCUGAGUGGACCGUCCGUUGUUGAAGCGGUUUCUGUGAGCUGCCUGCUGAUGUGCAUCAGCCCUUGUGACACAAGUCGGAGGGGUUGUCUCAAGUUCCCUGUUCGAGCAAAACCAAAACACCAGGAGUGAUGCUUAGACUUCAGCAGAGGGAUGGAUCAGUACAGUACUUUAAAUCAGGAGAGGCUUUGUUUGGGCUUUUUUUCUUGACAGUAAAAUUGGCCACAGAAUGGUGAGCAGUGAAGUUCCCAGUUUGCCAUUUUGGCUGAUAUAAUUGCUUCAUUUAGACCAUAGGACGAAGCCCUGGGCUAAGCUGUGCUGUGAGAUGCACAUUUGAGCGAAAGCAAUUAACAACACAUUGUGAUCUUCUAAACUCUUAUUUGCCCAGUGACCACUUGGAGCACUUGCUAUAAGAAGCUACACUAUGUUACAGAACCCUGUGGUCCACAGGCUGUUUGUUUGUACAUACAGAAACACACCGAUAGAUCGUCCCACAGCAAGAAUGACGCGUGUGCAAAGAAAGCUGUGCAUCAGUUUUUGAGCCCCGUCCUGUGUGUAUCUGGUAAACUAGUUCUAUUUCCAAGCUGGGCUCUGCGAUCGUUGUGCUGCCAAAGGUUCCAGGGCGUAUUUAAACUAACAGCUGUGUCCAGAUGCUCUUUUCUGUAUGUAACGUGUGCAUGUUCCCUGCAUGUUCAGUUUGCACGAGACCUUUAUUGAUCUGCAGCUGUUCUGAUGCAUUUAACUCAUGGAAUUUUUCUAUAAAAUGAAGAUUACUUUCAACAUUUUAGACAUUUAAGUGCAAGGAAAAUCAUUACUACAUACGUGCCAGUUUUCAUUUUUGUUCUAAAGAAUUGUAGCACAUUAACUACGAUGGCAAUUAAUAAAUACCUACAUGUUCUUGC